AAGCUGUAGGUGAAACCCUCAGGGACUGUACAGAUUUCCACCGCUGUUGUCCACUUUCCUUGAAGACACAGUUCACCUUCCCACCUACAGAGAUCUGGUGUUCACUUUGAGCGCUAGCCAGCCUGAUGUCUUUUGGUUUUGUCUUUGAAUCAUCCGUGGAGCUAUACGUUGGACCAGUGGCCGCAUAAAAUCAUUUGACUCUCUGGACUGCAGCCAGUAAAUGACUGAAACACCCCCCCCCUACACAUUCAACAUACAGGAAGCAAACUGGAAUAAAGCAAAAUCCCAUGAGGCAAGAAUUUAUAAGAAGGAAAUUGAAACGAAAGCAAACAGCGGAAGACAGCCCACCAAAACUUGGCCUCGAAGAUCUUCUGUUUAUGCUGCAGAUACUGUGAGGAGCCCCAGGCCACGGAUGACGCCAAGGUCCCCAGUCAGCCCCAGGAGCAUCAGUCUUCCACCUGCAGUAGGUUUGCAGAAGGAGGAGAUGGACAGCAAGAAUUCGAAUCCUGCUAAUGAAGCCUCCCGCUUGCCUUUGGGACAAGCUCUGAUCCUCCCAGAAAAGAGAGCUUCCACCACCAGCAACAGUGAGUAUGAAGAACUGAAUACUCACGUUUCCCAGAGAGGUUUUUACAAGAGAAACCUACACCGCUACUCCUGGGACCACUGGCUCUUCCAGCGGUGCCACAUUGGGAGACCCUGACCCUUCUAGACCGCAGCCCCCACACGGGGCUCCGACACUGCGCACCGCCAGUGUCUCCAGGCGGAAGAGCGUGGUGGGCAGGGGCCAUGAAGACGGAUUCAGAAACUCCCCCCAGAGGAGGAGAAGAUGUCUGAGCCACCUCUAGGCCACCAGCAGAGCCCCUCAAGCUCCUGAAAAAGCCACUGUGGGGAGAGUUGCUUCCAAUUAAAGCCCUUGGUGGCGUCACAGGACUGCGUCUCUCCUCUCUUCCCCUCCUUCUUACAGGAAGCACCUCUUCCAAAUGCCUCCCUGUUUUUCAAUGUUAUCCUGUAUCCCAAACCCAAAACAAACAAGCAAAAAAAUCUAAACUUUA